GUUUUGUAAUCAGUGAACCAACCAUAAAGACACGCGCAGAACUUCAAAAUGGCCGCGGUUGCAAAGAGAAAGGCUAGUGGGGAGGAAAUGGAAACAGUUUCAAAACACCCUCCAAAAAUGUCAACAUCGGGAAUGGUUGGAAUACAGUCUUUGCUCACAUUUUCAAUUUUAGCCGCUGCGUGGAUCGUUGCAUUUUUUAGUCGUUUGUUUGCAGUUGUCAGAUUCGAAAGUAUAAUUCAUGAAUUCGAUCCUUGGUUUAACUACAGGGCAACUCACCAUCUCGUUAGCAAUGGUUUUUAUAAUUUUUUAAAUUGGUUUGAUGAAAGGGCAUGGUAUCCACUUGGACGAAUUGUAGGAGGAACUGUUUAUCCUGGCUUGAUGGUAACAGCUGGUGGUCUACAUUGGAUAUUAAAUGCACUUCAUUUUACAGUUCAUAUUCGUGAUGUUUGUGUAUUUUUAGCACCCGUUUUCAGUGGGCUGACUGCAAUCUCAACAUAUUUUUUAACAAAGGAACUUUGGAAUGACAGAGCAGGCCUCUUUGCUGCGUGUUUUAUUGCCAUAGCUCCUGGUUAUAUUUCUCGUUCUGUUGCUGGUUCAUAUGAUAAUGAAGGAAUUGCUAUAUUCGCAUUACAAUUCACAUAUUUUCUAUGGAUUAGGGCAAUGAAAACUGGUUCGGUAUCUUGGUCUAUUUGUGCAGCUCUUUCUUAUUUCUAUAUGGUAUCCGCAUGGGGUGGUUAUGUUUUUAUCAUUAAUUUGAUUCCACUUCAUGUAUUUGUUUUGUUGUUAAUGGGAAGAUUCUCAAGUAAAAUUUUUACAUCUUACAGUGUUUUUUUCAUAACUGGAUUACUGUUGUCUAUGCAAAUUCCAUUUGUUGGAUUUCAACCCAUCCGAACUAGUGAACACAUGGCAGCAGCAGGUGUGUUUGCUUUGCUACAGGCGUAUGCGUUUAUACAGUAUUUACGAGACAGGAUGUCCAAGAAAGAGUUUAUGUAUCUGUUCAACUUUGCAAUUGUCGGUGUUGCUGGGGUAGUUUUCUUAGCAGUUGUUGGAUUAACUUACGCUGGUUAUGUUGCUCCAUGGAGUGGGAGAUUUUACUCACUUUAUGAUACUGGAUAUGCGAAAAUCCAUAUUCCCAUCAUUGCAUCGGUGUCUGAGCAUCAACCAACGACAUGGGUGUCAUUCUUCUUCGACCUCCACAUACUUAUUUGUGUGUUUCCAUAUGGUUUGUGGCUCUGUGUGAAAAACAUUAACAAUGAGCGAGUAUUCAUUGUGUUGUAUGCUGUCUCUGCUGUGUAUUUUGCUGGAGUUAUGGUUCGUCUUAUGUUGACGCUGACUCCCUGCGUAUGUAUGUUGGCUGCCAUCGGUUUUUCGAGCACGUUAGAUAACUACCUGUCCGAUCAGGACGACUCAACUGCUAAGAAAACCCCCACUGAUGCAGAAGUAAAGAAAAAGAAAAAAGAGGGCCCUAAAAAAGAGGAGAAAUCAAAAACUGACGAUGUGGGCAGUAAUUCCGCUGUAGGUGCCCAUUUGAAAAUGAUGGUCGUCAUGUUGCUUUUAAUGAUGCUAAUGUUGUUCUCUGUCCACUGUACGUGGGUUACCAGUAAUGCUUAUUCCAGUCCAUCCAUUGUGCUUGCAACUUCGAAUUACGACGGGAGCCGAAACAUCUUGGAUGACUUCAGAGAGGCUUAUCACUGGUUAAGUCAAAAUACACCUGAUGAUGCAAGGGUGAUGUCUUGGUGGGAUUAUGGAUAUCAAAUUGCUGGGAUGGCGAAUAGGACGACACUAGUGGAUAACAACACUUGGAACAACAGUCACAUUGCUCUCGUGGGAAAAGCCAUGUCAUCGAAUGAAAGUGCUGCGUACGAAAUCAUGAGGAGUUUGGAUGUGGAUUAUGUUUUGGUGAUCUUUGGCGGUGUAAUAGGAUACUCUGGUGAUGAUAUUAAUAAGUUUUUAUGGAUGGUGAGAAUUGCUGAAGGAGAACACCCGAAAGAUAUCAAGGAAUCGGAUUAUUUUACACCUCAAGGAGAGUUUCGUGUAGAUAAAGGCGGUUCUCCAACACUUUUAAACUGUUUGAUGUAUAAAUUAUGCUACUAUCGGUUUGGUGACCUAAAGUUGGAUUACAGAGCACCCUCGGGUUACGACCGAACAAGGAACACUGAGAUAGGUAAUAAGAAUAUAAAACUGACACAUUUAGAAGAAGCUUUCACUACCGAACACUGGCUUGUUAGAAUCUACAGAGUCAAACCAUUGGAGACGCGAACUAAAAGCGCGCUGAAAACACGAGCAACCAGAAUUAAAAAAAAUAAAAAGAAAUAUUAUUCCAGAAAGACGCGGUCCAACAAGACUGGUCAACUCAAAGAAAAACUCGCUAUAAAGAAGGGUGCGAAAUCACGAUACACAAAAAAAUCAAAGAAAACAAAAACAAAGAAAUAGACGAAUUUUUUUUUUAGAAAAUUUUUUCAUGAAUUUUCAUAAUGCUUUUACUGGGCGUGCAAAACAUAUGGUGCAGCGAGUCAGGUUUGACGCAUAAACACAUCAAUGCAAUGUUUUCAAGGAUGUAAAUAUCUUGGCGGAUAUUUUUGGAUAUACUGUUUUUUUUUUCAAUGAUUUAUUAUUACGCUUAGUGGGGCAAAGUAGACUAGUUUUAGUUUUUAUGUCGCUUUUUAUUCUAAAAAUUACAUCCUAAUCGUAUUUCGCAUUUUAUCAUCGUAGAUGGCGCGAUUGUGAGAGUUAGUUCAAAUUCUCCAGGUUUUUUGAUCUUCCCAGCUAUACAAUAAAAAUCUAAAAUUUAGGGUGUUUUUUUUGUAGAAUUCAUAGUAGAAGAAUAAAAUACGAUGUGUACAUCA